ACGUGCGUUUGAACUGUUUCUUUUCUUUUAUAUGAUAUUUCAAUCAUGUUACUUUUUGUAAUGUAAUAGUCGAAUAAUUGAACAUUAAUUAUAAUGAUUUAACUUUCGACUCGCGAGUGUAAUUAUUCCUCCGAAUGGAUUAGUUUUUAUCUUCGAGUUCGAGUAAUGACAAUAAUGGAGUAAGAGAAUAUUUACGAGUGCACCGGCUAGGGUGAGGCAAAGGCCUCUACCCUUAGCUAUGGUCGGUAUUUAGGUUCUUGCUCUGAUAGUCUAUAGAAAAGACUUCCUUUGAUUUUAAAUUAAAAUGACCAAGAUUCAGAUACGAAUCAAUGAAAGAAAAAAAGCAAAGUUACUACAGAGGUGAUUCGACCGAACCUCUUAAAUCGGAUACAAUUGGCCAAACAAUCGAACAAGCUGCCCAUGAACAUGCCAAUGAGACGGCCAUACUAAUACACGGAGGGCAAAGAUUAACCUAUGCACAAGUCUUGGAAAAGAUUGACACUUUGGCCGCAGCCUUGAUAAAUUUGGGCUUGAAACGAGGCGACCAUGUGGCCAUUUGGGGAUUCAAUACCAUCGAGUGGUAUUUAUCAUUUUUGGCUGCAUUUAGAGCUGGUAUUGUUGUGGUGAAUUUGAACCCACUAUUUGAAAGUCCAGAAGUUUUGGCUUGUUUGAAUGCAGGUGAUGUGAAAGCUGUAAUCAUGGAUGAACAGCAUAAUGGGCGUAAUUUCUACGAUAUUUUGAAAAAAGCGAUCCCAAAUAUUCAAGAACAUGAUUAUAAUACCCAUAUCACGACCAAACAUGCUCCGUUACUCAAAACUGUGGUGAUGUUUAGUGAAACGACCUACAAAGGUGUCUUCAGAUGGAGAGAUUUAUUCGCUACAGUGACCAAAGACCAAUUACAAAAUAUCAGAAAUACUCAACAGGAAAUCAGCCCUUUUGAUAUUUGCAAUAUUCAGUUCACUUCGGGAACCACAGGUAAACCAAAAGGGGUUUUACUAAGGCAUCACGGUAUUGUGAAUAAUGCCAGAUUUGUAGGAAACCGCUUAGAACUGUUCAAAAAAAAAGGACAAAUUUUAUGCCAAGUUCCAUUUUUUCACGCAUAUGGAAUGGUAGUUGGAGUUUUUGCAUCCAUUGUAACAGGAUCUACAAUUGUUGUCGUAAGUGUCAAGUUUAGCCCAAAUAAAUCAGUAGACUCGAUUAUCACAGACAAGUGUACUGUGGUUUAUGGUACUCCAACAAUGUUCAUUGAUCUUAUCACGAUAGUGAAAAAUAGAUCUCAAAAUGAUCCUCAAAUAUACAAAAAAAUAUCCUCGGUUGAACGAUUCUUCAGUAGUGGAGCAUUAAUUUUGCCAGACACAAUCGUGGAAAUGAAAAAAUUAUUCAAAAAUGCUAAAUUUUCGGUAUAUGGUGUAAGUGAUGCUCGACUCGGUGAAAAAGUAGCAGCAGCUAUAAUUAAAACAGAAAAAUCAAAUUUGAGUGAAUCUGAUGUGAAACAAUAUUGUGAAGGGAGUAUUGCAUCGUAUAAAAUCCCAGAACACAUACAUUUUUGUGAAAAAUAUCCAAAAACUGCUUCUGGGAAAAUACAAAAGGUGAAACUGAGAGAAAUGACUGAAAAGAGCUCCAGGACAAAAUAUUAAAAUAAUAAAUUAAAAGACAGUAAUUAUGUACCCAUCUCAUUUCUAAUAUGUAACUUUCCUUUUGUUCAGAAGUAAUGAAAUUGUGUUAAGUGAAAAACUAAUAUUUAAUUUUGAAUGUUUUUUUUUUUUUUUUUUUAUUGUAGAAUUUUAAUAAAUUUUUUCCUCAUGGA